AUGGUGGCCAGCGUCAGAGUGCGGAAGCUCCUCCGACGAUACAAACUAGCGAUUGCCGCCGCGUUAACGAUUCUUCUGAUUCAAGGGCUAGUGGUAUGGAGUCUGAGAAGUCUCGAAGAGGGCGAGACGGAGAGGAAAACACGGCGGUCUAAGCUGCCUGACCACAACAGCCAGGACCCCAAAAGGGAGGCGGUGGGCUGGGAGAGACAGAACGCCUUGUCUGGGAGGAGCGGGGCCCGAUGGAACAGCAGGCUGGAGAGGACGGGGGCCACGGCCGCCAGCGCCCUCCGGAGGGGCAACAAGCACCGGGGGAAGACCACCGUCAGGGUGAAGGUGCCCCUGGGCCAGGGGGUAGGGGUAGCAGCUGACGGUGUUCCCCCCCACGACCCCUCCAGCAGCCGUAACUUCACUGAUACCCGGGGCGGAGGGGAGGGGGCGGCCAGACUACCCCCUCCAGCCAUGCCAGGGGAACCGGGCAGUGUGGAGGGGGCGCCUCAAGCCCCCAGCAGCGACUUUGUGCCCAAGUGUGACAUCAUGGGCAAGGAUGCCCUGUCAGCCCUGCACCGCGCCGGCUCGCGGCAGUGCCGGCAGGAGAUCGCCAACAUUGUGUGCCAGCAUCAGGCCGGGCAGCUCAUGCCAAGGGCACUGCCUCAGUUCUGCCCGCAGCACGGUUUUUCCAGCCCGGUCCAGACAGCUGAUGAGCUGGACAAUGACCUGUCCAAAGUGGAGAACCCAGUCAGGGUGGCUUUCGUCCUGGUGGUCCACGGCCGGGCCAUCAGACAGCUCAAACGCCUCAUCAAAGCCAUAUACCACCGAGACCACUUCUACUACAUCCACGUGGACAAGCGCUCCAACUACCUGCAUCGGGAGGUGCAGCAGAUCGCCCAGCAGUACCCCAAUGUGCGUGCCACGCCCUGGCGCAUGGUGACCAUCUGGGGCGGUGCCAGCCUGCUGAAGGCCUACCUGCGCAGCAUGCAGGACCUGCUCUCCAUGCUGGACUGGAAUUGGGACUUCUUCAUCAACCUCAGUGCCACUGACUUCCCCACCAGGACCAACGAUGAACUGGUGGCUUUUCUGUCGCAGCACAGAGACCAGAACUUCCUCAAGUCACAUGGGCGGGAGAACGCGAGGUUCAUAAAGAAGCAGGGUCUGGACCGGCUGUUCCAUGAGUGUGACAACCACAUGUGGCGGCUGGGUGAGCGGACCAUCCCUGAGGGCCUGGAGGUGUCUGGGGGCUCUGACUGGUUCUCCCUCACCAGGCGUUUCGUUGAGUACGUCAUCAACUCCCAGGAUGAGCUGGUGGCGGGCCUGAAACAGUUCUACACCUACGCCCUGCUCCCCGCUGAGUCCUUCUUCCACACAGUGCUGGGGAACAGUCACAUGUGUGACUCUCUGGUGGACAACAACCUGCGUGUAACCAACUGGAACAGGAAGCUGGGCUGUAAGUGCCAGUACAAACACAUAGUGGACUGGUGCGGCUGCUCCCCCAACGACUUCAAACCACAGGACCUCAUCAGGAUACAGCAACUGACCCGGCCCACGUUCUUUGCCCGUAAGUUUGAGUCCACGGUGAACCAGGAGGCUAUAGACAUCCUGGACACCCACCUGUAUGGGCACUACGCCCCAGGGACGGUGGCCAUCAAGGCCUACUGGGAGAGCCUGUUUGAGCGGGCGGAUGGGGUGGGCUCCCUCAGUGACGUGGCCCUCACGGCCUACUCCUCCUUCUUCCGCCUGGGCCUCAGGAGCCUGGAGAGCAGCCAGACCAGCCUGGAUACCUGCAAGUAUGAGCCAAUAGGCUACCCGGUGUCAGUGCACCUGUAUUUCUACGACGAGCGUUUCCAGGGCUACCUGGUCCGUCAGGAGGUGCAGAACGUGGGGUCAAGGGUCAGGGAAACGGUGGAGGUGUGGGCCGUGCCUCAGGCCACCAUGCAGCUGGAGAACAACCUCAGGGAGUUUGAGCGGCUCAAGAACCUGGAGGUGGGCACAGAGUGGGACCCCAAGGAGAGAAUCUUCCGGAACUUCGGCGGUGUGAUCGGGCCGCUGGACGAGCCGGUGGCAGUACAGAAGUGGGUGAGGGGGCCCAACCUCACUGCUACCAUCGUGUGGAUCGACCCCGCCCAGACGGUGGCGGCGUCUUAUGACAUCAGCGUGGAUGUGGAUGCAGAGUACACGCAGUACAAGCCCCCGCUGCAGCGGCCGCUCCGCCCCGGGGCCUGGACGGUCAGGGUGCUCAGGCUGUGGGAGCGCGUGGCCGAGGCUCGCUUCCUUGUCAUGCCCCUGGCCUUCAAAGGACGAGAGCCACUACGCCAAGAGGAGGACAGCUGGCUGCACGCGGGGCCACCAGGCAACCUGUACCUAGAGCAGGGCUUCCAGCAGCUGAGAUCUGUUCUGAAGCUGCCCCCCCAGGAGCCCGCCCUGCAGGAGGCUCAGCAGAGGGCCCAGCUGGUAGGCAAGCCCCUGGAUGCCUGGGUGGACAGCACCGUGGGGGCCUUCUGGGUGACCGGGGACCUGUGCUCCACCCAGCCCUCCCCGGGCCCCUGCCCUUCCCUGGGCCCCUGCACCAAGUCCACCUGGAGCUCCCUCGCCCCAGACCCCAAGUCAGAACUUGGCCCUGUCAAAGGUGACGGCCGGAUCAGGUAGCCCCCCGGAGAGGAGGCAUGCUGAACUACAUUAGAGGAGGAGAGGGAGAGGAGAGGAUAUGUGAGCCCUGAGAAGAGAGGGGAGAGUAGGGCCUGGUCUCUGAGGCAAACUCAUAGCUCAUAGAGCACAUAAAUAGACAAGGCUUCUCCCUACAUAUGCUGAGGUGUGGCUAUGCUCUCAGUUUAGAGGCUACAUGGCCUUUUCAGAGGAGAUGCGUGCUGGAAAUUUGCACAUGAAGACUGCAAGACAAAUGUUUUUUUUAUGUUCAAACGUCAUUGCAUCGUUACAUGGACGAUUUCUGUUAUGUUAUCUGUCUGCACUUAAGUCUUCAUUCAGGGUCUCUCUGGGUAGAACCUUGGAUAUGUUCGAACUCUGUUCAGUGCACAGUUUUCUUCUGCUUGAAGGAAUGUAAAGCAGUGGCCAACAUUUUGACAGUGGCUAAAUGCUGUGUUGAAUUGUUGUCAGAGGGGAGUGGGCCCUCUGGACUAGGAUCUUCAUGCUUAUUUUCAAGCAUUAUUAUCAGAACUUCAGCAGCAGAUGGAGGAAGUGCACUUUACUGUAAGACUGUAAGGUUACGCAGGACAGGGUCGAUCACUAGUUGGAGAACGACAACGAGGAGGAGUAGGAGCUUAAAAGGUCACGGUGGAGGUCGUCACAAUGGUGACAUGGCAUCCUCUUCCCUUCGCUUACUUACAUGUCUUUGUAUAAAAGUGCUGCUAGAACAUAUCUGGACCAGCUAGCUCACCUGGAGGUGGAAGAAUGGUACCAGCUGAAACCAUACCAUAUCUGGACCAGCUAGCUCACCUGGAGGUGGAAGAAUGGUACCAGCUGAAACCAUACCAUAUCUGGACCAGCUAGCUCACCUGGAGGUGGAAGAAUGGUACCAGCUGAAACCAUACCAUAUCUGGACCAGCUAGCUCACCUGGAGGUGGAAGAAUGGUACCAGCUGAAACCAUACCAUAUCUGGACCAGCUAGCUCACCUGGAGGUGGAAGAAUGGUACCAGCUGAAACCAUACCAUAUCUGGACCAGCUAGCUCACCUGGAGGUGGGAGAAUGGUACCAGCUGAAACCAUACCAUAUCUGGACCAGCUAGCUCACCUGGAGGUGGAAGAAUGGUACCAGCUGAAACCAUACCAUAUCUGGACCAGCUAGCUCACCUGGAGGUGGGAGAAUGGUACCAGCUGAAACCAUACCAUAUCUGGACCAGCUAGCUCACCUGGAGGUGGGAGAAUGGUACCAGCUGGGACACAACAAUCAGUUAAAGUUGGGAGAGAGUCCUCUUCUCUCAUGAGUUCUGUUUACUGUGACAUGUUUUUCAAUGUUUGUUUUGUUUGUUUCUUGAACAUUGAAAUGUGAAAUGUCUUUGUUGUCCAUGAUCACUGCAAAGCAAAGUCACCGGGGGUUUUGUGUGUCAGAGGAAGUGCCUAACUGAUGUGGGUAAUAUUCAAGGCUACAGUGGCCUGGCUCUCCUGUGUUGUGUCAUCAUCAUAUUCACAGUGGACUACGUCCCUUCUCAAUGGGUCUACUCACUGUUAUGCUAUAUAGGCCUAGCCAGAGCCAUAUAUUUAGAGUUAGGCAAACUUUUAGAAUUUUCUAGACAGUCAUGCGAUUGCAUCAUAAUGGGUAAGAGCGUCUGCUAAAUGGUGUAAAUGUAAUGGAGAAACCGCAUUGGCCCAACUCUCUAAAUACAGUGGGGGAAAAAAGUAUUUAGUCAGCCACCAAU